CAACUAGCCAACAGCCAAUUUUUCUCAUUGGGAACCCUCUUUUUGGCUAACCACUUUGAGGGGUUAACCCGAGUAAGCACCCGCCUGACUGAUACUAAGAAGGCGGACACAGCAGCUUCGGGACCAUUCUGGUUCAUGAAAUUGUGGCUCCGUCUUUACUUCCCAAACGCCUUUUUUGGCCGACUUCCUAUCACCCCGAAUCCUUACAGGUCUAUAGGUUAUGCCUUGGCCAGAUUAACUCCUAAUUCCUCUUAUCUCUAUCCGUCCGAUCAUGUCAUCGCCCAAAUCCUGACUGAGGACCGUAGCAAUUCCCGCUUCUAUGUCUACGAAACCCUUAUACAAUAUUCGACCGAUCUUUUUUGGCUUCAUCCCGACACAUCUUAUUCCCAAACUUAUCCCGAUCCUCUUCCUCAUCCGACCUAUCCCUUCUCUUGGGACUCCGCCAUGAAACCCCGAUCUCUAUUUUCUAGUAAGAGGUCGGACAAGAAAAACCACAUAUUAUUUUAUACUUUUAAUUAUCAGCCCCAAUUUUUGGCCCGACAGUUCGGUUGCUGUCAGGGCUUGCCGGGACCACUAGCCCAACCUCACCUUAUACCUCAAAGCCCAGAAGGGCUGGUGAUUCCCGAGCUUAUCCCGACCUACCUUUCCCAACUCACCGACUAUAUCACCUCUAACUCGUACUUGCCUUUCUGCUUAAAACCUUUGGCGACCGAAGCGUUUCCUGCCUGGUGGUCGGCUACCUGGUCUUUGAUUGCUCCCCCGACCGACCAAUUGGUUGGGAAACUUGCCCCACCCCCAGUCUUGGCACUGGGUUCUCCUCGAUUAGCCGCUGCCCCGAGAAGAAAAAGGCAGGCGCCUACCAUAGGCGGAUCCGGAGCAAAGAAACAUAAGUAGAAGGCCGCCCCUGCCAUUGAUAGGCGGGUCAUUGAGGAAUACUUAGCAUCUCUACUAGUGGAUACAAGCGGGAUGCCAAAAUACUUGAAGAAACAAUUUGAGGACCCUCAAUUGCCGCCGACCACAACCCCAAUUGUCUCUCAACCGACUGAGACUCAGCCGACCAUGGCUCAAUCGACUGCGGCGCACUCACCCAUCCAUCUGACUUCUUCCCAGUCAACUGCAGUCCCGACCACACACCAAACGGCUAUAGUGCCGGCCACCAACCAACCAACUAUGGUCCCGACCACAAACCAACCGACCGCGGUCCCGAACACAAACCAACUGACCGCGGUCCCGACCACAAACCAACCGACCGCGGUCCCAACCACCAACCAACCGACUGCACCCCCAUCCGUAGUACUACCAAUGACCCGUCGGGGAGAGGACCCGACUGCCAAUCAACCGUCAGCUGCACCAACGACCCCAACUGAACAAAGACCUGCUCAACCGGUCGGUCCUCCAGAAAACCUCUCGAUCGCUGGUCAACCGAUCAUCACACAACCGACCCCCCUGCAAGCUGAGGUACACCGACCGGAGGAAUCGGCGGGGAGGCAAAUUUCUCCUACAAUUUCUCCUCCACCUGCUCUUCCACCACUACAAAUGACUGAUGUGGUUGCAGCGAUGCCUGACCAAUCCGUCACCUUCCCCGACCAGGUUGCGGAACCAUCACAGGAACCUGAUGCAAUUGCGGUGGUGCUCGAACCCGACCAGGUCGCAGAAUUGCCCGACCCAGUCGUGGCACCACCCGACCAAGCUGCUGCCGCGCUACCCUUACAACCAGCCGCUCAGCCUGUUGGGGAUAGAGCUGGCCGUCGCUCACCGUCUUCAACCGGGAGAUGAGUCGGUUACUGGCCCGACAACUCACCAUGGUGCCUCCACGACGUUCCGACUCAUGGCCCCUUCUGAAGCCACGGCCGCCUUAAAUCAGGCUGCUCAAGAGAUGAACAUUUUGGCCCGAGUGAACCUUCUGACUCCCCUCAGAUCGAUCGUAGAACGCUGUGCCGACCUGUCUUUUGCACGACCUGAGUUUAGCCGACCUCAAAGCUCUAGUCUAGGUCGCAAUAGCCUUGUUGGUAUAACCCACACUGGAAUCAGAAGCUUCCCCCGUCCUUGAUCGGAUGAUGGCCAGGAUCACCGAACUUUAAGCUGAACUGCCUCUGAUCCGGCCCCCAUCAUCCGAGGCCACGUCAUCUCAACUAACUGCUGAUCCAGCCAGUCUUGAGGCAACAUUGAAAAAGGUCGAUCAAGACCUUAAUCUUGCCAAGACUACGUUGGACGAACUCCGACAAGCGAGACACACAUUAGCGGCUGAGAUCUCCCAGUUAACGGAAGAACUCAAACGCCUACAAGAAUAGCUGAAGUCCCUGGAUGACAGAAUUCAGGAAGGGAGUCGUCUGGUGGAGGCACAGUGCUAUACUCAGACGAGUCUCUGCAAGCAACUUCAAACAACCAUAUAAAUGAGACUCGUCCGGAGACACCAGGAAGCUUAUCAGCGUCGGCGUGCCACAAAAUCGGAGCUAAAGUGGACCGAUCUCCAAACUGCCCUUAAGGCCCUGCUUUC